AUGUUCCAUAUGUCUAAUGAAACAAGUCCUUCCGAUAAUGAUGCGUACAAUCACUCCCUCAACUUAUUUCUCUAUUCACACUAUUCUUGGCGUACAUCUGAGUUCGCGCGGGAGUUAACCAUGAGUGGUUCCAAAAAGCUUAGUGACGCUGAUGAUGUUGGCACGUCUGACAUCAACAAGGCAAUCACGUCGCAAUCGGCUGAGCAAAAGGAUGUCGUGAUCAACGCGUCAGGACACGUCCAGGAGCUUCAGAGGAACUUCAAUCUUCUUUCCCUUGCCGGCGUCGGUCUCGUCGUCGGCAACGUCUGGCCCGCGAUCGGCGGCUCUAUCCUCGUCGCAAUCUUUAACGGCGGACCACCAGGUGUCCUUUACGAGUUCAUCGCCGUCUCUGUCUGCUACUGGACCGUCGCCGCCAGCAUUGCUGAGCUUGCUAGUGCCAUUCCCUCUUCCGCCGGUGUCUACCACUGGGCUUCCGUUACACCUGGUCGGCGAUGGGGUCGCGCCGUCGGUUUCUUCGCAGGUUGGUGGAAUUACCUGGCCUGGAUCCUCGGCGCGGCCAGCAUGGCUUCCAUCUUCGGCAAUACAGUCGUGCAGAUGUACGCGCUCAACCAUGCUGGGUUUGAAGCGAAGCCCUGGCACGUCUUCGUCGUCUAUCUGAUCGUGACGUGGCUUGCAUGUGCGAUGGUAUGCCUUGCUAAUAGCGCGAUGCCGCGGAUCAAUGAUUUCGGGGUGUUUGCGAUUCUGGCAGGUUUCCUCGUCACGAUUAUAGUUGUGGCCGUCAUGCCCGGCCGAGACGGACGACCACCACAUGCAUCCUCCUCCUUCGUCUGGGCUGAAUGGACCGCCGACGUCGGCUAUCCGGAUGGCUUCGUGUUUCUGGCUGGCAUGCUUAACGGCGCCUUCAGCGUUGGUGCCGUUGACGCCACAACGCACUUGGCAGAAGAAAUCCCCAACCCGCAGCGCAACGUUCCCAUCGCUCUUGGGUUGCAAAUGAGCAUUGGUUUCAUGACUGGCUUUUGUUACUUGGUUACCAUCAUGUACGCGAUCAACGACUACGAUGCACUCUUCAGCUCUCCGUAUCCUAUUGCCGAAAUCUAUCGCCAGGCCACUGGUUCACCUGCUGGCGCAACCGGGUUGCUUGCCCUCGUACUAAUGUGCAUUGGCUUGACAAUAAUGGGACUCUACAUUACUUGUGGCCGGACACUUUGGGCUCUUGCUCGUGACGGUGCAAGUCCCCGACCUGAAAUAUUGGGACGGGUAAGCCCCAGGCUAGGAAUGCCUAUGUGGUCCACCGUGUCAUCGGCUCUACUAGUCACCGUUCUUGGCGCAAUUUAUGUGGGCAGCACAACGGCUUUCAACGCCUUUGUCGGCAGCUUCAUUCUUCUAUCUAGUAGCUCGUACCUCGCAGCUAUUCUUCCCAAUCUCCUGGCAGGAAGGAAGCGAGUUCAUUAUGGGCCUUUUCACAUGCGUAGAUGGGUCGGCUUUGUUAUCAACGGUGUGGCGUGCACAUAUAUGCUUGUGUGGUUUGUCAUCUACAGUUUCCCUUUUGCCCUCCCUACCACUGCUCAGAGCAUGAAUUACGCGUGUCUGAUUUGGGGUGGUCUCACGUUCUUUGUUGGAGUAUGGUGGUUCGUUGGUGCCAGGAAGGGAUACCAAGGUCCUACAACUACAGGUGGAACUGAGGCUGAAGGGGCUUCAGGUCAUCAUCACUAUGCGGCUUGA